AUGCGACCAUCAUUCCUGGUAGCGGCCGCGUUAACGGCCGUCACGCAUGUGGAUGCAAAGGGGGUGUUUGCCCAUUUCAUGCUGGGCAAUAGCAACAACUACACCCACGAUAACUGGCGAACCGACAUAUCCGCCGCCAAAGAUGCCAAAAUCGACGCCUUCGCCAUCAACACCGGAUGGGGGAUGCCAGGGACAUUCCAACUCCUCGACGAUGCGUUUUCCGUCGCCAAAGACAUGGAUUUUAAACUCUUCAUGUCGUUGGACUACUCUGGGGACGGGCAUUGGCCGCAAGACAAGGUCAUCUAUACCCUGCAGAACUACACCACGCAUCCCGCAUACUACCGCACAAGCGACGGGAAACCGUUAGUAUCGACAUUUGAGGGCGCCCAAGCCGGCGGCGACUGGCAGCAUAUCAAGAAGAAGGUAGACUGCGCCUUUAUCCCGGACUGGUCGUCGCUCGAGCCCGACGUUGCAAUUGGUCGGGGAGAUGUCGACGGGCUGAUGAGCUGGGACGCCUGGCCAAAUGGCACGUCGCAGAUGACUACAGACGAGGACAAAAAAUACCUGGCGGUGCUCAAAGAUAAGCCCUACGUGAUGCCGGUGUCGCCGUGGUUCUACAGCAACCUGUUGCGGCUGAAUAAGAAUUGGGUAUGGCAGGGAGAUGACCUGUGGUACACGCGUUGGCAGCAGGUCCUCGAGGUCGACCCGGAGUAUGUCGAGAUCAUUUCGUGGAACGACUGGGGCGAGUCGCACUACAUUGGGCCAAUCCACGAUGAUGACAUGGACGUCUUCUCCUACGGCAACGCGCCGUUCAACUACGCCAAGGGCAUGCCGCACGACGGCUGGCGUGCUUUCCUGCCGUACGUGAUCGACCAGUACAAGAACGGCGGGAAUGACGCUAACAUCGACAAAGAAGGCGUUGUCGCCUGGUACCGCACGACACCUGCGUCUGCGUGCGGCUCAGGCAAAACCACGGGGAACACAGAGACGCAAAAUCAGGACAUCCUCAAGCCAGGCGAGGUCCUGCAGGAUAAGAUCUUCUACUCGGCGCUCCUUGAAUCGUCGGCGGACAUCUCCGUCAGUAUUGGUGGCAAAAACCGGACUGGCCGCUGGGAAAAUACUCCCGCCGGCGGCAGGGGCAUCUACCACGGCAGCAUUCCUAUGGAGCAGGAACUGGGUGACGUGGUGGUAACUUUGUCCCGCGAUGGCAGGUUUCUGGCAACGAUCAGGGGCCAUGCAAUCUCGACGAACUGCGUGAAUAAUGUCACGAACUGGAAUGCGUGGGUGGGCAGCACCACUUCGACGGCGCAGAACCGGGGGUCGACUUCGUCCUCAUCCUCAGGUCAGGAUGAGUCGUCGUCCACUCGUGUGCUUCUUGCAGGAGUAACUCCCGUGAUUCUGGGCUGGACCGCCUUCCUUCUCCUGAUGUGA